GCCGCGGGCGCCGGGGCGGACGGAGCGGCGGCGGCGGCGGCUCUCGGCGCUCUAAGCGGCGCGGCGCGGCGGGCACAGGGCUCAUGUAAUCAAAGAAGUUUCUUUGUUGUGUGUAUCUUUUCAGAACACAACAGGAAUUGAAAAUGAAUCAGAACACUGCUGAACCUGUGUCAGCCCCUGAAACCCUGGCUGAGGUACCUGAACAUGUGCUUCGAGGACUCCCAGAGGAAGUAAGGCUUUUCCCAUCUGCUGUUGACAAGACUCGUAUUGGUGUCUGGGCCACUAAACCAAUUGUAAAAGGCAAAAAGUUUGGGCCAUUUGUUGGUGAUAAGAAAAAAAGAUCUCAGGUUAAGAAUAAUGUUUACAUGUGGGAGGUAUAUUACCCAAAUUUGGGAUGGAUGUGCAUUGAUGCCACUGAUCCAGAGAAGGGGAACUGGCUGCGAUAUGUGAACUGGGCUUGCUCAGGAGAAGAACAAAAUCUGUUUCCACUGGAAAUCAACAGGGCCAUUUACUAUAAAACUUUAAAGCCAAUCGCGCCGGGCGAGGAGCUCUUGGUCUGGUACAAUGGGGAAGACAACCCCGAGAUAGCAGCUGCGAUUGAGGAAGAGCGAGCCAGCGCCCGGAGCAAGCGGAGCUCGCCUAAAAGCCGGAAAGGGAAGAGAAAAUCCCAGGAAAACAAAAACAAAGUAAACAAAACGGAAGACAUAGAGCUGAAGGCAAGUGAGCCAUAUUCUACCUCUGCGAAUAUGAGAGAUUCUGCAGAAGGUCCAAAAGAGGAGGAGGAAAAGCCUGCAGCUUCAGCAGCUGGGCAAAUAGCAGUUCCUCAGGAGGUGGUUAAUCAGGAUGUGCUUCCAGAGCCAGUAAUCCCUCCCCCAGCCAGUGAACCACAGACAGAACCAGACGAGAAGCUUGAAGCCACAAACUCUGAGGUGAAUGAUUUGGAGGAAGAAGAAGAGGAAGAGGAGGAGGAAGAAGAUGAAUUGGAAGAAGAGGGGGAAGAAGAAGCAGAUACACCAAAUGACAGUUCUGUGAAAGAGCCAGAAAUACGGUGCGAUGAGAAACUAGAAGACCUACUAGAAGAACCAAAAAUUAUUUCAAACGAAACUCUUGAAGACUCUUCAGAAGUACCACCAGCUAUCAAAAUUCCCAAAACUAAAGAAGAGGCUAAUGGUGAUGUAUUUGAAACAUUUAUGUUUCCAUGUCAACAUUGUGAAAGAAAAUUUACAACCAAACAGGGACUAGAACGCCACAUGCAUAUCCAUAUAUCUACCGUCAAUCAUGCUUUUAAAUGCAAGUACUGUGGGAAAGCAUUUGGCACACAAAUUAACCGGAGGAGGCAUGAGCGUCGUCAUGAAGCAGGCCUAAAGCGAAAGCCCAGCCUAACACUACAGUCAUCAGAAGACCCAGCUGAUGGCAAAGUAUCUGGAGACAGUGGUACUCCAAAAAGUGAUUCAAAUCCUAAUCUUGGGCAAGACUGUCUGAUCUUGAAUUCAGAGAAAGCAUCCCAAGACACAGUAAAUUCUUCUGUUGUAGAAGAGAAUGGAGAAGUUAAAGAGCUUCAUCCAUGCAAAUACUGUAAAAAGGUGUUUGGGACUCAUACUAAUAUGAGACGGCAUCAGCGUCGAGUUCAUGAGCGUCACCUGAUUCCCAAAGGCGUAAGACGAAAAGGAGGCCUCCUGGAAGAGCCACAGCCUCCUGUGGAACAGGCCCAGCCUUCCCAAAAUGUCUAUGUACCGAGCACAGAACCAGAGGAGGAAGGGGAGGCAGAUGAUGUGUAUAUCAUGGAUAUUUCUAGCAAUAUCUCUGAAAACUUAAAUUACUAUAUUGAUGGUAAAAUUCAGACUAGCAGCAGCACUAGUAACUGUGAUGUGAUUGAGAUGGAAUCCAACUCCGCAGACCUUUAUGGUAUCAAUUGCCUACUUACCCCAGUGACUGUGGAAAUUACUCCAGGUAUAAAGACCACACAAGUUCCUAUAGCAGACGACCCUUCUAAAGAGCCUUCCAGUAGCACAAACAAUGAGUCCAAAAAAAGGAGAACUGCUAGUCCUCCGGUAUUACCCCAAAUUAAAGCUGAAGCAGAGUCUGAUCCUGUAACACCCUCUUGCUCCAUAAGUCUUCCUCUUAGCAUAACAACAACGGAGGCAGUAUCUUUCCACAAAGAGAAAAGUGUGUAUCUGUCGUCAAAGCUCAAACAGCUUCUUCAAACCCAGGAUAAGCUAACUCCUCCUGCAGGAAUUUCAGCAACGGAAAUGCCUAAGUUAGGUCCUGUAUGUGUGUCAGCACCUGCAUCCAUGCUGCCUGUGACCUCCAGUAGGUUUAAACGACGUACCAGCUCUCCUCCCAGUUCUCCACAGCAUAGUCCUGCCCUUCGGGACUUUGGAAAGCAAAAUGAUGGUAAAGCAGUGUGGACUGAGGCAGUUCUGAGUUCCAAAAAACCCAAGUUAGAAAGUCAUAGCAGUUCACCGGCAUGGAGUUUGUCUGGGAGAGAGGAGAGAGAAACUGUGAGCCCACCAUGCUUUGAUGAAUAUAAAGUGUCUAAAGAGUGGGCAGCCAGUUCUACUUUUAGCAAUGUCUGCAACCAACAGCCCCUGGAUUUAUCCAGUGGUGUAAAACAGAAGGCUGAGGGUGCAGGCAAGACUCCCGUCCAAUGGGAAUCUGUAUUGGAUCUCAGUGUGCAUAAAAAACCUUGUAGCGAUUCUGAAGGAAAGGAAUUUAAAGAAAAUCAUUUGGUUCAGCCACCCUGCAGUGCUGUAAAGAAAAAGAAACCAACCACCUGCAUGCUGCAGAAGGUUCUUCUCAACGAAUAUAAUGGCAUUGACUUACCUGUAGAAAAUACUCCGGAUGUGACUAGGAGCCCGAGUCCUUGUAAAUCAUUAGAUCCACAACCAGAGUCUGCUGUUGGUGUUGACACUACUUUACCUGCCCCUACUGUUCCAUCCCCGCCCGAUGUUUCUCCUUCAUCAACUACUUUGCAGACACCUUCCCUCUCUUCUGGGCAGCUGCCUCCUCUCUUGAUCCCAACAAAUCCCUCCUCCCCACCUCCCUGCCCUCCAGUAUUAACUGUUGCCACACCACCUCCACCUCUCCUCCCUACUGUACCUCUACCUGCUUCCUCUUCUAGUGCCUCUCCUCAACCGUGCCCCUCACCUCUUUCAAAUGCCACUGCACAAUCUCCACUUCCAAUUCUCUCCCCUACAGUGUCUCCCUCGCCAUCUCCCAUUCCUUCUGUGGAACCACUGUUGUCUGCUACUUCACCAGGGCCUCCCACACUUUCUUCAUCAUCCUCUUCUUCCUCUUCUUCAUUUUCUUCUUCCUCUUCCCCUUCACCACCCCCUCUCUCAGCAGUGUCAUCUGUUGUUUCCUCUGGGGAUAAUCUAGAAGCUUCUCUCCCCGUGAUAUCUUUCAAACAGGAAGAGUUGGAGAAUGAAGAUCUGAAACCCAGGGAAGAACCUCAGCCUGCAGCUGAACAAGACAUUGUUCAGGAAACGUUCAACAAAAACUUUGUCUGCAACGUCUGCGAAUCACCUUUUCUUUCCAUUAAAGAUCUAACCAAACAUUUAUCAGUUCAUGCUGAAGAAUGGCCCUUCAAAUGUGAAUUCUGUGUGCAGCUCUUUAAGGCAAAAACUGCUCUGUCAGAACAUCGCUUUUUGCUUCACGGAGUUGGGAAUAUAUUUGUGUGUUCAGUUUGUAAAAAAGAAUUUGCAUUUUUGUGCAAUUUGCAGCAGCACCAACGAGAUCUCCAUCCGGACAAGGUAUGCACACAUCACGAGUUUGAAAGUGGCACCCUGAGGCCCCAGAACUUCACAGAUCCCAGCAAAGCCCACGUAGAGCAUAUGCAGAGUUUGCCAGAAGAUCCUUUAGAAGCAUCUAAGGAAGAAGAGGACUUAAAUGAUUCUUCCGAAGAGCUUUAUACAACCAUAAAAAUAAUGGCUUCUGGAAUAAAGACAAAAGAUCCAGAUGUCCGUUUGGGUCUCAAUCAACAUUACCCAAGCUUUAAACCACCUCCAUUUCAGUACCAUCACCGAAACCCCAUGGGUAUUGGUGUGACCGCCACAAAUUUCACUACCCAUAAUAUUCCACAGACUUUUACUACUGCCAUUCGCUGCACUAAGUGUGGAAAAGGUGUGGACAACAUGCCAGAAUUACACAAACACAUCCUGGCGUGUGCUUCUGCUAGUGAUAAGAAGAGGUACACCCCUAAGAAAAACCCUGUACCAUUGAAACAAACAGUGCAACCCAAAAAUGGUGUGGUGGUUUUAGAUAACUCUGGGAAAAAUGCCUUCCGGCGGAUGGGGCAACCCAAGAGACUGAACUUUAGUGUCGAGCUCAGCAAAAUGUCAUCAAAUAAGCUCAAAUUAAAUGCGUUGAAGAAAAAAAAUCAGCUUGUACAGAAGGCAAUCCUUCAAAAAAACAAAUCUGCAAAGCAGAAGGCGGACUUAAAAAAUGCGUCUUCGACGUCCUCGCACAUCUGCCCUUAUUGCAAUAGAGAGUUCACGUACAUCGGCAGUCUGAAUAAACAUGCCGCCUUCAGCUGUCCCCAAAAACCUCUGUCUCCUUCCAAAAAAAAAGUUGCUCAUUCAUCCAAGAAAGGUGGACACUCCUCAUCUGCAAGUAAUGACAAAAAUAAUAGCAACAGCCACCGCAGGAGGACUGCAGAUGCAGAAAUUAAAAUGCAGAGCAUGCAGGCUCCUUUGGGCAAGACCAGAGCCCGAAGCUCAGGCCCCACACAAGUCCCACUGCCUUCCUCAUCCUUCAGGUCCAAGCAAAAUGUUAAAUUUGCAGCUUCGGUUAAGUCCAAAAAGCCAAGCUCCUCCCUAAGGAACUCAAGCCCAAUAAGAAUGGCCAAAAUAACUCACGUUGAGGGGAAAAAACCCAAAGCUGUGGCUAAGAAUCAUUCUGCUCAGCUCUCAAGCAAGACAUCACGGAGUCUGCACGUGAGGGUGCAGAAAAGCAAAGCUGUCUUACAAAGCAAAUCCACUUUGGCCAGUAAGAAAAGAACAGACCGGUUCAAUGUAAAAUCUAGAGAGCGGAGUGGGGGGCCAAUCACCCGAAGCUUACAGCUGGCAGCUGCUACCGACUCAAGUGAGAACAGGAGGGAGGAUGGCAGUGGCAGGCAAGAGCUGAAGGACUUCAGGAACUUGCUGUAGAAAAAGCCCCCCAAACAAACAAAAAACCUUAAUUGACUAAGUACAGAUCUUGCAUGCUCAACUUAGAAUAAGCACUACGGCAAAGGAUUCGAAAUCUAUCAAGCUUGCAAGACAAGUUGAAGCUGACUCAAAAUCCUAACAUACAGCUGAUUUCCGGCAGGCUUCUUGUUGCCCUGGUUAGAGUCAGGCAUCUGCUUCUUCGUUGGUGCCCAGCAGGCGAGCUGGGCUCCCAGGUGAUUGAGAUCCAAAGAGGAGGGCGCUGUAAGACGGGUCAGAUGAACUGGCUUGUCAUCACGGGACUGGUAACUCAGAUCCGAGUGUGGCCUUUGUUUUUGGCACAUAGCAGAGAAAGGAAUGAUUUGAACUUAACCUUGCAAAGCAAGUUCUCUGUUUUACUGAUAGUUUGUUGUAGGUUUCAGGGAUGACAAAUUUUGAUGCACUCAUUUUAAAAUGUUUUGGUCACACACCAGCUCUUGAUGCCUUUCUUUUCAAUGAAUUGGGGUGGGGGUGGGGGAGGCAUUUAGUUGUUUUUUAUAUCACAAGCAGAUUGCCAGCAUAAUGGAGAGGAAACCAGAUUGGAUAUAGACUUUUUUUUUUAAUACCUCUUCCAGUGUCAUGUUUAUAUAUCCAAAUGGACAUUAUCCUCUCAGAUCAUUAUCUGGCACUAAUUAAUAAUUAUAUUAUCAGAGACUAUGUAGCAAUAUCAUUGCCCCCAAUACAUGACAGUCUGUAUAGAUGUAUGUCUACACAUAAAUAUAAAUGAAUUUACAUAUCAGGUUUUACACUUAAGUCUCUAAUAGAGAUUAAAAAAUGAUGACAAGUAGAAAUGACAAAGUGACCUCUUCUGAUUAUAAAAGUUACCAUUUCUCCAUGCAUUUAUAGGCCUUUCUAAUUAAUGACUGAGCUGGUGGAAAACAGCUAGGUUUUAUUUGUGUUUUUUUUUUGUUUUGUUUUGUUCUCAACUUUAAAAGUAAUCUACCUCUUAAAAUUUGUAGUUUAAUACUUGUUUGGUGAAUUUGUGCCACUUUAACCCUUUCACUAUCAUUCCCAUUUUGUUACAUUUCUGUUAUGGGGACUUUAUGUUGAAAUAUUGUAUAAAGCAUUUGUAGCAGUUUAAAAAUAAAAUAUUUAAAAUUAUUUAAAUUGUUUUGGACGCUUCAAUUGUAUUGUAUGUGAUUUGCAUCUUAUAUUUUUGUUUGAGUUGUUAAUCUGGAGAGUGUUCUUGUAUUGAAGUUUGCUGUUAGUUAUUUUAUUGUUUCUUGUUGGAGAGUGAUAUAAAAGACUUCUAAUGAAAACAUUAAAAUUUACAAUUUGACUGCAAAAGGGGUUGUCCUUUGAUUUUAACCAAUGUAGCCUUGAGAGAGAGGUGAUUUACAGAUACGCAACAAUGGUGUUUGUUAUUUUCCCCCUUCCAGCAUGAAAUAAAUAAUUUGAGCUUGUCAGAUGUAUAAUUUUUUUUAAUGCUGUUGCUAGCAGGCACUUAAUAACUAGGGGAAUUCGAUUGAUACAUUUUAUAUUAAUUGUAACCAAUAAAAAAAACCUU